UUAACCAAACGAACCUGAAAACAGAUAUUGCCUCUCUGCGUCUGCGUCUGCGUGUGUUUGUAUCUUUUCUCUGAGGAUAAGACGCCCUCUCACCUCACUGACACUCUGAAAGCUUCUAACUUUCACACAAAAGCUUCUCUCCAAGCUCCAAUGGCGCUAGGGUUUCAUCUGAAUUAGAACCUCUGACUAGCUACUAGUUGAAAUGAACUUCUCCGCAACCUUUCGGGGGAAUUUCGUCCCCUUAUCGCAGUGCAGCUCUUGCUGCGAUCUUCGUUUUCAGCCCUAUUUCGCUUCGGGAACCUCUUCUUGGCAAAAACGAAAUCGUCGUAGAAGCAGCUUGAAGCUCCACCAGGUUUCGAGAUUUUUGAGGAAGCGGGAGGUUGUUUGUAGAGUGAGUGAGACGGAGACCGAACCGCCACCGGAUAGCAAUAACGAUGAGGAAAAACAAGGACAUGAAAAUGAGGAUGGAGAUUCUGAUGCCGUCCAUCUCGCUUCGCAGCCGAUAGUUGCAGACCAAGUAAACAAUGAUGCUGAAACUGAGGCUCAACAGGAAGUUGAAAAUGUAGAAGUUUCCAGUGGAUCGCCUCUUCCAGGUGUGAAGCCGGGUGAAUCCAUCCGGAUUCCAAAGGAAACAAUCGAUAUUCUUAAGAACCAAGUUUUCGGCUUUGAUACCUUUUUCGUGACAGGUCAGGAUCCAUAUGAGACUGGAGUAUUGUUUAAAGGAAACCUGCGAGGAGUGCCUGCUAAAAGUUAUGAAAAGAUAUCAAAGAGAAUGCAGGACAAGUUUGGUGAUGAAUAUAAGCUUUUCCUUCUAGUCAAUCCUGAGGAUGAUCAACCAGUGGCCGUUGUAGUUCCACGAAGGACAUUACAGCCAGAGUCAACUGCCGUCCCAGAGUGGUUUGCAGCUGGUGCUUUUGGAUUGGUCACGUUGUUUACCUUACUUCUUCAAAAUGUUCCUGAAUUGCAGUCCAAUUUACAGUAUGCAAGUUUCUUUUCUUGUAUUUUCAUAAUACUAAGUCAAUAGGAAGUAUUCUGUAUAGGUUCUUGUAGUCAAUGGUUACCAAUUGUUUGGGCCCAAAAUAACAGUUUGGGCCGAGGAA